AUGAAUGACCAGGAGCUGAUAGAGCGAAUCCUAAACAGUUCUAAGGACUAUUACGACGUUCUGCAGGUCAACAAGGAUGCGAGCCUGUCGGCCAUUCGACGGAGCUACUACAAACUUAGCCUAAAACUUCACCCCGACAAAAACCUGGACAACAGUGAAGAGGUAAAAAAAGCUUUUCAAAUCGUUUCUAGAAGUUAUGAGGUUCUCAAGGAUUCCACCUCGCGUUCCAUAUACAACCGGUUCGGUGAGGAGGGUCUGAUGAUGUUUGAGAACGGUGAUCAUUCAAUUCGAAGCAUCAGCGAGUUCUUCUUUAUGGCAGUCGAAAUUGCCCUCUUUGAAUUAAUCCUUUAUGUAGCGCGGCGUAUGGGUGCUUCGUCUUUCAUACAGCACAUUGGUUUACUCGUCGGUUCUGCGAGAGAACAAAGGGGGCCUAGCAUCGUGUACUCAGAAGAGUGGGUUCAUUUUCGACGACGUGUGUUUAACUGCUUUGUCGCAGUGAUAUCCUUUUUCCUGAUUUUGCUUAGCAUCGAGCCUAUUUAUGGGUGUAUCUACGCCGCAAGUUCCUCGAAACAUCACCUCGACGCAUCGGCAAUGCUGGAUCCUUCCUCCUUCUUUUAUCCCCCCAAAGGUUCCCAAAAACACCUUCAUCAAGCGGAGCCGUUGUCGAUUUACGCGUCUUGCUUGGCGGAGGCGGAUCCCAGAUCGUUCCUUGCUUGCCAUGAGCGUCUCGCGCUGUCAGAGGGAUCGCAGGAGGGGUGGUUAGUGGGGCGAUACGCCGGAUCGGACGAGGCCGCGCGCGCCGCGUUUUACGCCUUUAUGGUGGAAGAAUGCGAUAGCGAGGCGCUAUUCCUGUGGGCCUCGCGCGAGCGCUUUAAGCAGACCGCCACGCUGUGCCAUAAAGCACCACCAUUAAGCGUGAAAAACCCGAACCGGCUCCCAAAACGUAAAUACCCGGAAAAAAGAUGGCAUUCCAAGUUUCAUGAGAGCUUCUCCGUGGCGUCAGCGGAGGAAUUAUUCCAUCCUUUGACAUUUUGCGAGCAGUUGUGGCGGCAAAAAUCUUUGGUCAGCGUGAUUUAG